AUGUCGGUACAGUCGUACGAUUCGGAUUGGAGUGGUUCGGCAAAUGACCAGAGCCUUGACGAUCCCGGACGUGGCUCUUACUCCGAUCAACUUGCCCUCCAAUGGGAACAGGAUCCUUUCGAAACUGACCCUGGACUGACGAUGCACCUACUGGAUCUUUAUUUCAAUCACGCGGGUCGCGCGACCUAUGGCAUGUUUCCUCGUAGACCCUUCCUCGCAUGGGUAGAGGGUAACCGCGACAAGAACCACGACCACUUGAUGCUUUUAUACUCAGUCCUGGCUAUAGGCUCACUGUUUUCGGUUGAUGGAGAUAAGAAAGCCCUGGGAAAGAAGUUCGCUUCGGUUGCGUCAUAUGCAGCAGAAAAGCGGUUCGGGAAAUUCAGCCUGCAGUUAUGCCAGACUCGGCUGAUGCUCGCGCUCUACUAUUUUGCUCGCGGCAAGUCACAGGAGGCCUGGGACUAUUGUGGUGCUGGUCUGCGAGCUCUCAGCGCCCUGAAGCUGAAUUCUGAAGAAGGCGUUAAAGAGCUGGUUGAUAGCAGUGCCGAUUGGGACUAUGGACUUGAUCGUCAAAUGUUCGCGGAGUGCUGUCGUCGCACUUUUUGGUCCGGACUACUGAUGGAUGUAAGUCACGACGUCAUCAAGGUCCCAGCAUCCGUUGACUUGAUGCAACAACAGCGAUACAAUGGCUUCUUCGGAGGGACCCUUUUCGUCCUCAACUUGGAGGAUGCCUUCGUUCAGCUCCCAUGUCUGGACAGCAUGUACGAUGCAUCAACACCGUGUAACGCGCCGAUCCUAGACGAAGAUCUCCUGAGUGGAAAUGCCACUUCUGGCCCCGUUCUUGGCCACAUGGCGUAUCUAUGCCUGAUAUCGACGCUAUGGGGCGAGGUCCUUACCUUCACUAGCCGAGCUGCGCGUCGGCCCGACAGUACCUAUGAACGACAUUACGACACGUUCUACACGCGAAUCAAUGAGAAGCUGGAAGCAUGGCAUGCGAUGUUGCCGGAGGAACUUCGUUACAGCCCACGAAAUCUCGACAACAGCAUGGUUGCAGGAUACGCAGGUACAUUCGUGUCUAUACACGCUUUGUAUUACGCUACAAUCAUCCGGCUCAAUCGCCAUAUCAGAGUCAGCAUAUUACCAAUGGAAAAACAACGCCGAAAUCUGGAACGAGCCCUACGCAUGGCGUCCAACUUUCUGUCGAUGAUGCUUUCCCUAGCUCCAGCUAGCCGCCAACGUCUUUCGCCCACCGUUGCCUCGGACCUCUCGUUCUCGACGCCUUUCCCUGGUUACGCGCUCAUGCUUUCGGUCGAUGUAUUGACCUCUGCCGGGCUGUUAUCAUCAUUGCCGACUUUGAUCGAGACACUCAACACUACACUGACCUGUAUCGACGAACUAGCAGGCGUUUGGGCUUCUGCAAAAGCGCAGCAGAAGACAGUAUCGAAUCGGAUCAAGCAGCUCAUGGAUAUUGCCGCACAACAGGGCCAAGGCAUAAGCAACGGAAGUUACGGAAAUUUCUGGAGGAUCGGCAACAGUCUUGAGACGGCUUUCGGAAACGAUGAUGCGUUGUAUAAGACCGAAGACCAGUUGCUUUUCGGCGUUGUGGGUCAGCUUACGAGUCAGUAA